AAGAAGCAAAGGAACCUUUGACCAGUGAGAGGAACAUUUUAUUGUGCGGACCGACAUGGCAGCGCUCCGGAGGUGGGCGGGUUGCCUCAAUUUCUUAAGGAGUUCUUCUCGUGUCCUGUUCAGCAGCAGGAAACCUGCAGUCCACAAACUGGGAAAAUGGACAAAUAUUCUGUACACCAGUAUAGCAUCUCUAACCGUGGGCGGUGGGCUCUGUGCUGUCCCUUUCACACAGGUGGAUAAUCUUUCUCAUGAUUCUCUUAUCAGACGAGCAGCCUCUCUGGUUACAGGCAGUUCGAGCACUUUUCUCUCUCAGACCACCUUAGCACUCAUAGAUGCCAUCACAGAGUAUUCAAAGGCUGUGCACACACUCGUUGCUCUCCAAAGACGCUAUGUAGCCUCCCUGGGAAAACUGACUGCAGCAGAGGAGGAUUCCAUCUGGCAAGUGAUCAUUGGCCAGCGAGCGGAGGUUAGUGACAGACAAGAUGAAUGCAGGCGUUUCGAGUCAACCUGGGUCAACGCCGUCAAGUUGUGUGAAACAGCAGCUGAGGCUGCGUACACGUCAGGAGCUGAGCAGGCGUCCAUCACAGUGCAGACAAACAUUCAGGUGGCCCAAUCCCAGGUGGAAGAAGCACGGAAACUCUCACAAGACGCAGAUAAGAAGUUGGCUGAGACUAAAGUGAUGGAGGUUGAACGGAUGUCUCAACACGCUGCCUCCUUAGAGAGUAAUAAUGAUGAGGAAGACAUGCCUGAGGCAUAUCUCCGAGAGGACUGAAACAAAUACCCAGAGGUAUCAGAAGAUAGGGGAAAGCCUAAAAAUUGUUUAUAUGCCUUCAAAGUAACAUGGCUUUCGCCGACCACUACCACAACAACCAUGACAUCUGAGUACGUUUCUAUCACCUCUACAAUGUCUGCAACAUACUACAUGUCUCAUUCUUAGAUUGUGUUCAAAUGUAUAUGUUCACAUCAAAUAAUGCAGACACAUCUCUUUAUUUCAGCACUUUGUUUGGUUUUGAUGUUUUGAAAUGAAUGGUAAUCAACUUUCUGCAGCAUAGAAGACUGUGUUGUAUGUGUAUUGUGUUUUGACUUGACCAGCAUCAGACUCAAUUGUGUUUAUGUUUUAUCAAAAUUGAUUAUAAUAAAGGAAAGGUAUUGAUCGAAUGCA